CGCUCCUUCCUCGUUCAACGCGCCGCCGGGAUCACGGAUCACUUCUGCCUCUGGUGGGCUGUGUUGCGGAUCGCGUGGACAUACACGGACCCCGCUACCCGUCCGGGGCCUGGAGUCCGUCCGUCUGUCCGGUAACUCUAAAGGUGCACACCGAGGAGUGAGGGGAGGGGGGUUUGGGUGGAGUUCUUUACCGACGCACGGAAUGUGACGCACCUCCGGAAGGAGACGCACUUUACGGUGGGUUUCAGCGGACGCAGUGACCGCAGAGGGAAGACAAGUCCUGCAAGAGUCCGGAGGUUAAGAUUCCUCCUCCCCUACCUUUUCUUACCCCUUCGCCCUGACCUUUGACCCCACUCCUCCCUUCAACCAUGGCGCACCGGUCUCAGAGUUCAUCGAUUGGUGAAAAUCCUCUUGAUCCAAACUACCUACCCCCUCACUACCGCGAAGAGUACCGUCUAGCUAUCGAUGCCUUGAUAGAAAAUGACAUCCAGGGUUAUUUCGAGUUCCUCCAGACUGCAGAUGUUGUCAGUUUCCUAGCACGGACAGAAAUUGAACAUAUUAAGUCCAUGGUCCAGGGGCCUAGUCACACCUCUAGUGUCCCUGAGCUAACUUACCAAGAUGGAGGCCAAGAACUUGAGGGAUCCUCUGACACCUACUGGCCAAUGCAGUCGGACCUGGCUGCCCCAGGCCUGGACCUGGGCUGGCCUCUACCACAGCACAGCUUCAUUGGGCCCACAGAGGUUACUACUCUGGUCAACCCCUCAGAUCCAGACAUGCCAAGCAUCAAGGAGCAGGCCAGGAGGCUCAUCAAGAACGCACACCAAGUUGUUGCUGUGGUGAUGGACAUGUUCACAGAUGUUGACAUCUUUUCUGACCUCUUGGACGCUGCAGCGCGUCACGUCCCUGUCUACAUUCUACUGGAUGAGCAGGACGCCCAUCACUUUGUCUCUAUGGUCAUCAACUGCAAGGUCAACUUGGACUUAGUUCCAAUGAUGCGUGUCAGGACCGUGGCAGGAAUAACCUAUUAUUCCCGUACAGGAAAAUCAUUUAAAGGACAGGUGAAAGAUCGGUUUCUACUUGCAGACUGCAGAGCUGUACUCAGUGGCAACUACAGUUUCAUGUGGUCCUAUGAGAAGAUCCACCGCUGUAUUGCUCAUCUCUUCCUUGGGGAGCUUGUCACCACCUUUGAUGAAGAGUUUCGCAUUCUCUUCGCUCAGUCUGAGCCUCUUAAUAUUGACCCAUCUGAAGCAUCAUAUGCAAUGUCUGACACUAGCAGUACCAGCAGUUACUUGAGUGGCCAGUUUGGUUUGAAGAGGACCCAAUCUUUGCGGAACCCCUUAAGCUACCGCAGGCAGCCUGAACUCCCUUCUGCCUUCCCCUAUGGAGACUCCGCACUACCCUUCCGAAGGAAUGACCCAUUUCGUCACACUGUUGAACCUGGGGCUGGGAUAACAAUCGGGAAGUAUUCACAGCAGCAAUUUCGCAGGCAGCAAACAUACCUGGAGCAGGGAAGAUCCAUUGUGUCCAGACAGAUGGAGCUGAGUUCCAGUUCUUUCAAGAGGCACAGCUAUGCAGAGGGUACACAAGAAAACUACACAUCCUCCAGGCAAUUCAUGAAGCACAGAAUCAUGAACAAUCUGGAUGAGACCGACUUCCACAGGGAGCAGACCAUGUCUAGCCAAUACUACACUGAAGGCCCUGGUCCAGGUUCUGGCCAUGGUCACUAUGACAGACUUCGGGGUCGUCCUCCACAACUCGCCAUUGAUCAGUAUUCAGACUCAAGCUACCGUUCAGAUUUGGAGCCUCCCUCUGGUGGGAACUUUGGCCAUGAGUACUUUUCAUCUGAUGAUUUGAGAGGACCAGAUGGGCAACUGGGACCUCCGGUGGCUGGAAGGUAUGGAGGAGGUUCAUCCAGUAAGAGGCCAACCAUAGGUCAAGCAUAUGCUUGUCAAAGUUCGCCCACACAUCCCCAUGCACCUGAGAAGAAACAGUACCCAAAACAACCUGAUCAAGAGAACGAUCAAGAUGAAAAUGCAAAACAAGGUCUCAGGAGUUGGAGAAUCCAUUCCUACCUGAGCACGUAUGAGGAUGGAGGAGAAGAGGGCCUGAAUCAACCACUGGGGCCUGAUGCUUUUGAAGACCCUGCACCACCUCAACCUCCAGCUGAAAAUUCAGCUCCCCGCUUUGGCUUAAAGGAGUUGCCAAAUCUUCCCUCCAAGCCCAAAAUAGAUAUCCCUAGACCACGCUUUGGAAAACCCAUCUUACCAGAAAGCACCAGUAAAGCCUCUGGCACCACUACAGCUAAAGAUUUGCUUCCCUCUGUCAGUGAAAUGAAACCAUUUGUACUAGAAAAAGAGAGAGAGCAACAGCUAGAACCAGGUGCAACAAAGGAGGUGGGAGGGGAUGUGGAAGUGAAAGAGGCUCCUGAGCUUUUGCUGUCUAAACAUGAAUCAUUCCGUACACGUAUCAAUCCACUCCUUCAGCGUAGCUCUCGUCUUCGCUCCUCACUUAUAUUUUCAUCCUCCAAGGCAGAGAUGCACAGUGGAAGCCUGGGCCUAAAGCCUGCUACAGAGCAAGAUGAGGAAUUAGACUCAAUACGCACCUCCUCGAUUGUGGCUCAGAUCUUAGAGAAGAGAAGGUCAAUGUCUCGUGAGCCUUUUGACUGGAGAAAGAAAGCUGAAGAAAAGGAAAUGGAGAAAGACAAAGAUGAAAAAGAGAAACAGGAGAAAGAAAAGGAGAAAGAGCGGCAACAAGAGGAAAAGAAGAUUAAAUUAGAGGUUGAGAUUAAAACAAAAGAAGAACAAAAGAAAAGUAAUGAAGAUUUGACAACCACACUGACUGGUGGGACCUCUGAUGUUACAAUGGAUUCUCUACAACCCCAGCAAACACCAUCUUUGAACAUGAAUGAUCCGGCAAGUCGACUGCAAUACUUCCAAGACUUGGCUGCAAAGAGAAAAGCCUCAAAAAUGGGGACAGAGUCAUCACUAAAAGCCCCGGAGCCUGUUGAAAAAAAGCCAGAUCUCUCUGACAAACCUCCUACUAAUACUACGUCAUUGAAGAUCCCAUCUGUUUCUGUUACUAAACCAGAGCCUGAACCAAAGAAGCUAGAUAUCUCUGCAAAACUAGCAGAGCUCACUCGCAGACCUUCAAUGAGUUCCUCAAAACCACCUCCAAUUCCCAUCAAGCCAUCUGCAAGUUUCCUAAAGCCUUCUGAGACGACUCAAACUCAAAAAGAAGAGAAUGCCCCGGAAAGUCACAAGAAAGACAUUUUCAGGUCAUUAAAGCCUCUUCCUUCUCCAAAAAUUUUUAAGAGGGAUCCGCUCAAACUGAAAGGACUGAAUCCUCGUCGUAUCUCUUGUGGUGAGGAGAUUCUGGCGACAGAUGCUACCGACGCAGAGAAAAGUGAGAUGAAAAAGAAUCGUUCUCAUAGUUCGUCAACUCUGCCACGUGAUGAGUCUAAGGAAAAAAUGAUGGGAUCCACUACAUCCAUCAAUACACUUGGUGAGGGAAAGAGUGAUAAAACACUCGACUUCCUCAAAAAACAGACUCAGAGGCUGAAGGGAUUCCUAGGACCUAAGGAUAAGGAGAAGAAAUCUUCAGGAGAUGACAGAACCAUGAGCGCAGUACCAGAGGUCACAGAUUCAAGCAAAAAGCAGAGUUCAUCAGCUAAAGACACAGAUUCAACCAUUCCUGACCAGACCACAAGCAAUCACAAAGUCUCAACUGGCCUAUCUGGUCCAUCUCGAUACCAGACGCCUGGCAGCUCUGUUCUGUUCAGCAGCAACCUACGAGAUGACACCAAAGUGAUUCUAGAGCAGAUUUCAGCAAACAGCCAAAAGAACCGACAGGAACGAGAGGAAUCGGGUGGAGACAAAGAUAGUGACACAGUGGAGAAGGUGGAGAAACAGGGCUCCUUGAAACGGAAUCGUUUUCUGCGAGCACCACAGGGCACCACCCAGGAGAGGGAGGGACUACUGAAGAGGAUAGAGAGCUUGAGGAAGGAGAAGAAGGUCUACAGCCGCUUUGAGAUGGGGAAUAGCCUGGGAUAACGAAAGAUGGAGGACCGACCUUUUAUAUGGAAACUAUUUAUGCAAGACGAUCAAAAAGACUCAUUGCCCGUAUGUGCCAACGACAAUAUCAAAGUACCUCUGUGGCUCCACACUGCAGCCUCUCCUGGAUUUUCACAAUAUGCAGUAAAACUUGAAAAGACUUCAUAUACAGUAUAAACAUGCUAAAAACAAACUAAAGUCAAUGAGGAUGGAAUGUGCCUGUUUGUACUUUUACCUUUUAUGGUAACUGAAAGAAAGAAGGGUGACUCUACUUGCAUUCUGGCUGCAUGGGUUAAUGUUUUACCAAAAA